UUAUUCCUAUUCCAACAACACCUUCUAAUUUCUAGAGAGAGAAACCGAAAACCCCGCUGUAUAUAAACCUUAAAAAUUAAAUACAACCACAAAAACUAAUUGUAAGACAUAAAAAAAAAAAACAAUUUUUACCUGAACAGGUUAAAAAAAAAUAGAUUGAAUUUUUCUCGACUUUUUACAGAAAAAGUGUAAACAAAAUACAAAUUAAGAAAAAGAACAAAUUUUUUGUUGUGUGAGAAUUACAGUGAAUAAUACUUCAUUUCUGUGUCUCCUCAUCCCAUUUUUGGCUUUCCAAUAGUGAUAGCCACGCCUCUUUCUCCUCAUCUCUUUCAAAUCUUCUAGGGUUCUCUCUGUUGGAAGAAGACUAAUUCAAUCACGAGGAGGUUACCUCUGGUUCCCUCGCCGAGGCAAGGAAGGCAGGAAAUAAUUCAUUUGAUCAAAAGAACAACAGUAUGGCUGUUUCUAUGAGGGAUUUAGAUCCAGCUUUCCAGGGAGCUGGGCAAAAAGCUGGAACGGAGAUCUGGCGCAUUGAGAACUUCCGCCCCGUUCCUGUUCCCACAUCGUCCCAUGGGAAGUUCUUCACAGGAGAUUCAUACAUUAUUCUGAAGACAACUGCCUUGAAAAGUGGUGCAUUUCGGCAUGAUAUCCAUUAUUGGCAAGGGAAAGAUACGAGUCAGGACGAAGCUGGUACUGCAGCCAUGAAGACAGUUGAACUAGAUGCUGCCCUUGGAGGACGUGCUGUCCAGUAUCGGGAGGUGCAGGGCCAUGAAACCGCUCAAUUUCUAUCAUAUUUUAAACCAUGUAUCAUCCCCCAAGCAGGUGGUGCUUCAUCUGGGUUCAAGCACGUUCAGCCCGAGGAACAUGAAACCCGCCUAUAUGUUUGCAAAGGAAAGCAUGUUGUCCACGUUAAAGAGGUUGCUUUUGCAAGAUCAACACUCAAUCACGAUGACAUUUUUAUUUUAGACACCAAGUCUAAAAUCUUUCAAUUUAAUGGUUCUAACUCAUCCAUUCAAGAGAGGGCUAAAGCCUUAGAAGUUGUCCAGCACAUUAAAGAUACUUAUCACGAUGGGAAAUGUGAGGUAGCUGCUAUUGAGGACGGGAGGUUGAUGUCUGAUGCUGAAACUGGAGAAUUCUGGGGAUUUUUUGGUGGCUUUGCUCCACUUCCAAGAAAAACUGUCUCUGAAGACGAUAAAACUGUGGAAGCUUCUACACCUAAGCUUCUCCGCAUCACCAAAGGGCAGACAGAACCUGUUGAUGCUGAUCCUUUGACAAGAGAGUUGUUAGACACAAAUCAUUGCUACAUUUUAGAUUGUGGUAUAGAAGUAUUUGUGUGGACGGGAAGGAAUACUUCUCUCGAUGAUCGAAAAACUGGCAGUACAGCUGUUGAAGAGUUGGUUCGUGGCCCCGACCGACCAAAAGCUCAUGUUAUCCGUGUUAUUGAAGGGUUUGAAACAGUUGUAUUUCGAUCGAAGUUUGAUUCAUGGCCUCAAACAAAUGAUGUAACUGUAUCUGAGGAUGGUAGAGGCAAAGUUGCUGCACUCUUAAAGCGCCAAGGAUUUAAUGUUAAGGGCCUUCUAAAGGCUGCUCCUGCAAAAGAAGAACCUCAGCCAUAUAUUGAUUGCACUGGAAAUCUUCAGGUUUGGCGUAUAAAUGGCCAGGAAAAGACUCUCAUACCAUCUGCCGAACAGUCCAAGUUUUAUAGUGGAGAUUGCUAUAUCUUUCAAUACUCAUAUCCAGGCGAAGAUAAAGAGGAGAUCCUCAUUGGUACUUGGUUCGGGAAGCAGAGUGUUGAGGAGGAGAGAACUGCAGCAAUAUCACUGGCAAGCAAGAUGGUUGAAGCUUUGAAGUCUCAGGCAGCACAGGCUCGUAUCUUCGAAGGAAACGAACCCAUCCAGUUUUUUUCGAUCUUUCAGAGCUUUGUCGUGUUCAAGGGUGGGGUUAGUUCUGGGUAUAAGAAUUACAUUUCGGAGAACGGAGUAGCUGAUGAGACAUAUUCAGAAGAUGGGGUUGCAUUAUUUCGCGUUCAAGGUUCUGGACCUGAGAACAUGCAGGCUAUUCAAGUUGCACCGGUGGCUUCAUCAUUAAAUUCUUGUUACUGUUACAUAUUACAUAGCGGUUCCACAGUCUUUACAUGGUCCGGGAACCUUACUACGGCAGAUGACCAUGAGCUUGUAGAGAGACAGCUAGAUAUAGUAAAGCCAAAUCUUCAGUCCAAACCACAGAAAGAGGGCACAGAAACUGAUCAAUUCUGGGAGUUGCUUGGAGGCAAACUUGAAUUCCCUGGACAGAAAAUUACAAGGGAUGCAGAAAGUGAUCCUCAUCUAUUUUCAUGCUCUUUCUCAAAAGGCAAUCUUAAGGUGUCAGAGAUAUACAACUUUUCCCAGGAUGAUCUGAUGACUGAAGAUAUAUUCAUCCUAGAUUGCCAUUCAGACAUAUUUGUUUGGAUCGGGCAACAGGUUGAAUCUAAGAGUAAAACUCAAGCUUUGACCAUUGCAGAGAAAUUUAUCGAGCAAGAUGUUCUCCUUGAAAAGUUAUCUCGUGAUGUUCCAAUAUUUAUUGUAAUGGAAGGGUUUGAACCAUCUUUCUUCACACGUUUCUUCACCUGGGACUCUGCCAAAUCGGCCAUGCAUGGAAACUCAUUUCAGAGGAAGUAUUCGAUCAUGAAAAAUGGAGUUGCUCCAACCCCAGAUAAGCCCAAGAGGAGACCUCCAGCAUCAUAUGGUGGAAGAUCAAGUGUUCCAGACAAAUCACAGCGAUCCAGAAGCAUGUCUUUUAGUCCAGACAGAGUCCGUGUUAGAGGCAGGUCUCCAGCUUUUAAUGCACUUGCUGCUACAUUUGAGAGCCCUAAUGCCAGAAAUCUCUCUACUCCGCCUCCAAUGGUUAGAAAGAUCUAUCCAAAGUCCGUUACCCCUGAUUCGGCAAAACUGGAUGCAGCAAAGUUGGCUUCAAGAUCAGCGGCCAUAGCAGCUCUCACAGCUUCAUUUGAGCAACCAGCACCACCAUCACCAGCAAGUGCUCCAUCCAGAAUUCCUAAGCCUAAACCGAGCCCUGAGACGCCAAAAUCAGAACCAACCUCCAAUUCAAUGAGUAGUAGAAUAGAAGCCCUAACUAUUCAGGAAGAUGUGAAAGAGGAUGAAGCUGAGGACGAGGAAGGACUUCCUAUAUACCCAUAUGAACGUCUGAAAGUGUUUUCAACCGAUCCUGUUACAGAUAUUGAUGUAACCAAGCGAGAGACAUAUCUCUCUUCAGAAGAGUUCAGGGAGAAAUUCGGGAUGGCAAAGGAUGCUUUCUAUAAGUUACCGAAAUGGAAGCAGAACAAGCUUAAAAUGGCACUUCAAUUGUUUUGAAGUCUCCUAUAUCUUUCAAAUUUCUUUUUGGCUCCUGCAAGCAGAUGGGGAGAAGGCAUGCUUGCCAAUCUGGAUGCUAAAUAUUGUCUUAGGCGUGAGGGGACAGCAGUGCCUUUUUAGCUGCUUCUGCUCCCAAAGAAGCUGAGUUUUCAUGGUUCACGGACUGUUACCAGGUUUUCCCAGUUCUCCUUCCAUGUUUGUUUGGAUUUCCAUUUUUUUUCCCUUUUGAUUUUUUAGGUGUUUGGUAUAUCAUUAUUCUUUCUGGUCACAGUUUGGUUGUGAGCUUGCAAUAUUUUUUUUUGUUCUAUUAUUAAUUUAACAAAUUGUUUCUAGCAGUAAGUAAAAAGAAAAUGUCAACAAGGCUUACAUGUAGCCAGAAACAACAUAGAAAUUGUAUUUUGUAAUCGAGGAUGCAAGGUGUGUAUAGCAGAGUGUAAAAUCAUUUGGUGCCAAAACCAGUCGGUCUUUUUUUGUGUCAAUAAUGAAAAUUCUUCCUUUCUCUUUUUUCCCUUA